UGCCUGUGGGGAGGGUCAGAUUUCAUUCCUGACUCAUCCCAGAGCCGCCCACCAUCUGUGCUGGCAUCACCUUACCUGCCCCUGAAUGAUCGGAGGAGGGCCCUACAGACAGGCCACCCCUGUGCUCAGCAGCCCUGUUUGUCUGAUCAUUAAAGGACUGUCUCUUCGAGAGGGGACACUGAGGCCAGCAGGACAUGGUUUUAGGUUUAGGGGCCUGGCUGCUGAGUCCAGGAGACCAUGAGCAAGCCUCAGUAUGCAAUUUUAUCCCUGAGACAGCUCCACUAGGGAGAGGAAGUUCCCCUCCAGUGGGAGAAAUCCAGGCAGGCUUACUGGGGGUGGUGCUGCUUGAGCUUGGGGUUUGGGAUUCCUUUUUUUAAGGAGCAUUUAUUGGACCUAUAUACCUAUGUGCUGGUCUUGGUCCUCCUAUGACUGUCCUUGGCCAUAGUGAUGAAUUUGGGCAGGCCUGUGCAGGAUUUUGGGGAAGUGGGUUACUAGGUAGAGGGAACCUCAAGAGCACAGGCUCAGAGGUAGAAAAUGAGUUGAGUUUAGCUACUUGGGGAGUGGCAGGAAAUGAAGCUGGGAAGUCUAAGUCUAGGCGUGGGGGCUAUCUAGAUCUCAGUGUCCUUUGAGACUGGUUCAGACACCAUAUCUGCAAAGCCUGUUUGAUUCUCCUGGCCCUCAGGAUGUCUUGGCCAUGCUAUGCUCCACCUCGUGGCAGGAUGGUGGGUCUCUGUGGGUGGCUAUAGAUUUCCUGGGCAUGGAGAGUGGGUCAUUCUCAUUUGGGUGCACAAACUGCCCCCCUUUGCUGUGUGCCUGGCCCAGUGCUUGGUCUAUGGCCAUAUGAGUGGGUGAAGUUGUGGGAGCCCAGCAGCUCAGCUGCCUUUCUCUGAUCCCAGGUAGGUGUCUUUUUGUCCCCAUUUUCAAAUGAUGAAAGUAAAGUUCAGAGAAGUGAGGAAACUUGCCAAGAGUCACACAGCUAGUGAGUGGCCCAGUUAGGAUUUGAACUCCAGUCCGUGUGGUAUGACACCUGCAAUCAUACCUUGGUGAUCCUGUCCUGGGAAGAUGGGCUGCAAAGGGGCCUGGCAGGGGCUGGCCCACAGGAGGGUGAUUCAAGAGUUCAUUUUCCUUUCCUAUCCCUCCACAGUCUUAAUGCGGGCUUGAGUCACAGCAGGCCCUGUUCAGUUCACCAGCCAUCUGGUACUUUCUUGUAUAUAAUUAACAAAUAUUUAUUGAGCACCCACUGUGUGCCAGGCACUGUUCUAGGCACUGGGGAAUUCAGUGAAUAAAAGAGAAGAAUCCCUGCGCUAAUACUCUCAUGAGGAAAACAGACAAUAGAUCAGUGAAGUAUAUAGGAUUUUGGAAGAUGAAAAGUGCUAUGGAGAGAACAUAGCUGAGAAGGGGGCCUGGGAAGGACAGGCCUGGGGACUGCAUAGGAGGGGGAGUAAGGAUUGCAACUUAAAGCAGUCUGGAGGCCUCCUGGAGAAGAUGACAUUUGUGUAAAGACCUGAAGGAGGUGAGGGAGUGAGAUGUGCAGACCUCUAGAGAGAGGCCUGAGCAGGAAUAGCGUGUGCAAAGGUCCUGAGGUGGGUGUCAGGAUUAGCCAGACUAGCCAGAAGCCCAGUGGGUAUGGAGUGCAGGGAGCAAGGGGAAAGUAGUAGGAGGCAGGGUUGGGAGUAAUGGAGGCCAAUUCACACAGGCCCUGUGGGCUGGUGAUCUUUUGCUUUUGUUCUGAGAGAUGGGAGGCAGUACCGGCUGUAGCAGAGGAGGGAUGGGAUGUGAGAGACCUUGUACAGAACAAGACAGAGGUGGUGGCCUGAGAAGGCCCUGUUGUCUGUUCAUUGGCCUGGCUGGGAGAGAGGUAGCAGUAGACCAUUGAAUGAGAUGGGGUCCAUGCACAGCCACAGCAGGACAGGCACCGGAGGGGGCUUGCUGUGGGCUAGAUGAGGGUCACAGACCUGGUUAUACCUGGCUCUGUGGCUGAGCUGCUGGGUCACCUUAGAUCAUUCUGUGCCUCCUGUGCUCAGCUAUAAAUUGGGAAAAACAAGCCCAGUGCUAUGAUGAAGACCAAAGGAACGGAGCAAACUCCUGAGGGUGCCCUAGUUGGGAGGGGGCAUCAGGGAAGCCUUCCUGUAGGAGGGUAGCCUUGCACUGAACCAUCAAGUCCAAAUAGAACUAAGCCUGGUGGAGGGAACGUGGAUAAGGAUGGCAGGGGUUGGGGAGAGUACCCAGGAGGAGGAAUAGUUGGAGCCAAAGCUGGGAGGCUGGAUAGCAGGACACCAUAAAGUACCGGGCAUUAAAAGAGCUAAGCUGACAGUCUCUGGGGAGUGGGAAGGCUGGAGGGCCCCUUCCUUCCAUCCGGGCAUGGACGGCUUGCUGUCGUCCCCACCCCCACUGUGGCAGCUGGCACCCCUUCAGCGGGUGCCUCCUUUUCAACCACCUCUGGGCUCCCUUGGGCCAGCCCCGCCCCUUGGGCUGUGCUGCCGGCAGGGGCGGGGCCAGGCUCCCCAGAGCUGGCGGCGGGAGCCCAGAGGAGCAGGUGGAGGCCUGGCGGUGCUGGGCUUGCACGGCCUGGGCCUCUGGGUUGGGAGCACCAGCUACCACCCCUCUCUUUCCUGCCCCCAAUGCCUGCCAGACUUUUGCUUUUGCCUGGGCCCCCUCCUGACCAGCCUCCUUGCCCCGUCUGGGUGGGAUUUGGGGGCUAAGCUGUCUGGGGUCCCAGGACCAAUGCAGUGCCGGAUCCUCCGGGGCCUGGCUGGGGCCCUCGUCACCCUUCUGUGCAUGGGGCUCCUCUCUCUAUGGUAUCACUCCAGCCUGUCCGCACAGGGCAUGCAGGAGACCUCUGGGCUGAGCCCACCAAGCCCUCGGCCCCCUGAACUGCAGCUGCACGAUGUCUUCAUUGCAGUCAAGACGACCUGGGCCUUCCACCACUCCCGCCUGGAGCUGCUGCUCGACACGUGGGUCUCCAGGACAAGGGAACAGACCUUCAUCUUCACCGACAGCCCCGAUAAAGGCCUCCAGGAAAGACUGGGGUCCCACCUCGUGGUCACCAACUGCUCUGCAGAGCACAGCCACCCUGCCCUGUCCUGCAAGAUGGCUGCUGAGUUCGAUGCCUUCCUGGCCAGUGGGCUGAGGUGGUUCUGCCACGUGGAUGACGACAACUAUGUGAAUCCGCCUGCGCUGCUGAAGCUGCUAAAAACCUUCUCGCGGACCCGCGACGUCUACGUGGGACGUCCCAGCCUGAACCGGCCUAUCCACGCGUCUGAGCCGCAGCCCCACAACCGCACGAGGCUGGUGCAGUUCUGGUUUGCCACAGGGGGUGCCGGCUUCUGCAUCAACCGCAAACUGGCUCUGAGGAUGGCCCCGUGGGCCAGUGGACCCCGAUUCAUGGAUACGUCUGCCCUCAUCCGGCUGCCUGACGACUGCACUGUGGGCUACAUUGUCGGGUGCAAGCUGGGCGGCCACCUGCAGCCCAGCCCCCUCUUCCACUCCCACCUGGAGACCCUGCAGCUGCUGGGAGCUGCCCAGCUCCCAGAGCAGCCCUCCAGGGUCACCCUCAGCUAUGGUGUCUUUGAAGGGAAACUCAACGUCAUUAAGCUACAGGGCCCCUUCUCUCCUGAGGAGGACCCCUCCAGGUUUCGCUCCCUACACUGUCUCCUCUACCCUGAUACUCCCUGGUGUCCACAACUGGUGGCCCGAUGACCCCUGAACUACGGGGACAAAGGUUGGGCUGAGGCCUGUGGUUGUCCCUUGCUGCCCCAGCCAGCCCUGAGAGCCUGUAGCGAGUACCCUGAGGUGGGCAGCUCCUGGCAGGGCCUCAGAGUGGUGGGCAAGCCCAGGCUUUGGAUGGUGGCGAGCAGUGAUGUCAUCCCAGGCCCCUGGGAGGUGGAUCGGACAGCCCAGGACAGGUGCACCAGGCGACAUCCAGAGAGGCUGUGGGGGCCGGGCUUCUGUGGGGCUUGGAUGGCUGGACUGAACAAGGGUGGGAGGCCCUUGAGCUGGACUGGGGCUUAGGGGUUCUAACCCUGCAGAGAAUUAUAUGAGCCCCUGGGGAAUUUGACCUCCAUCCCCAGCUCUGGUCUCCCAGUCAUCCCCUUGGGGUCCGGCAUUGGGCCACUCACUCCGGCUCCCUUGGCUGGAUCCCCAACCUCAAGGGGCCCCAGAUGGGCUAAUGGCAGGAUCCAGGGCCUGUCACAGAUACUGUAGUUGCUGACCAGACUCCAGUUCCUUGCUCCCCACCCCUUGCUGACCCAACCUGGUUUGGUUUGGAGCAUUAGCAUGCCCAGAUCCAGAUGAUGGACCAUAAGGAGUCCCAGCCAGUCAUGAGGAUUCUUCUGCUUACUUUCCCAUCCUCCAUUACUGUUGAGAUCUACCAUGUGACCCAGCUCUGUCUGGAGCCAGAGCUCUGUCUGUUAGUAUGAACUAAACAAAGCCAAUGGAGAAGGUUCUAGGGGAGGUUUUGCAGCCCCCUACCUCAUGUUCCUGCUAAGAGUGUGGGUGUGAUGUCUGGAUCUGGGGCAGCCACCUUGCUGCCAUGAAGGAAAGGUGAAGACAAUCACCCAGCAUCUAGUUCUGUAAGAAAAUUAAACCCUGAUUUCUUUAA